AUGCCUCCUCAGAACACACCUAUCGAUCACAAGAGGGUACGCAACGUGCCGCUGUUAGCAUACAUGGUCGAUGUCGAAGCCAUUCAUAUCAAAACUGAAGUUGAAAGUUCACUCAAGAGCAAACGAUGCGAUGCUAUCUCGGAAUUUGGGAAAGAUAUGAUUUUUGACAGGAAGAAUGACCUUAUGCACUCUGUGUGCGUCCACCAUGCACAAACACACCACAACUUUAAGGUGGUGCAAUCCACCCCAAGAAUGUGGACGAUUAGAGGGCCACAUACAUGCAUAAAAGAGACUCUCUUGCAAGACCACCCGCAACUGAAAUCCAACUUAGUAGCAAAUGAAAUCGUAAAAAUUAUCAAAAGUGACGUCGGUGCUUCCAUUGCAGCUUUACAAGCAUACUUGAUGCCAAAGUACCAGUACCAUGUAUCAUAUAGAAAGGUAUGGCUCGAGAAGGAAUUGACAGUUGCAAGGGUGUUUGGAGAUUGGGAUAUUUCAUAUCAAAUGCUUCCAAAGUGGAUGCAUGCUAUGUGUGAAACAAUUCCUAGCACAAAGGUGAAGUGGGCGUGGACAGAAAUCCCUGAUGCUAACAACGCUGCUAUUUUGACAUGUGUGUUAUGGUCAUUCGUAGCAUCAAUAGAGGGAUUUCGUCAUUGUCCUUUAGUUCUCUAUGUGGACAGAAUGCACUUGCAUGAAAAAUAUAAAGGUAAAUUGUUAAUUUCAACGGCCCCUGUUGCAAGUCAACAAAAUUUUCCUGUAGCGUUUGCCAUCGUUGAGAAUGAGAGCACCCGCAUAUGGUCCUGGUUCCUUAAGUGCAUUCGGGAUGAAGUGAGUGAUCGCGAUAAGUUAUGUCUUAUAUCAGAUAGACAUGUUGGUAUUCUUGCUCCCAUUCAUUAG